UUAUUUUUAUCUGCGGCCGGCAUACCACAUCACAACACAACACAAGCACUUAAUAAUAUUUAGUGGAUAAUAAGGUAUAAAUAUUUUAUGGUUUUUAAGGAGUCCGAAGAGAGUUGGGUUUUCAGGGAAGGACUCAGAACCUCCGAAUUCUCAGGGAAGGCCUUUCCGGCAAUUAUAAAUACUGCCUAUUUAUCACACCCAUUAUGCAUCUGUAUACAAUCCAUUUGUCUUUCAAUCUUCUUUCUUUUCUUUUUCUUUUUCUUUUACUUUGCUCUGUUGUCGAGAUUGAGAUUCAGUGGGUGGGCUUCAAUUUUGAUUCAGGAUGACUAUCCAAAUUGAUCAGCCUGAGUUUGGAGUUGAAGUUGAGGAAAAGAAGAUCCCAAACAAUGAAAAGGAAUUGGUGUUGGAUGGUGGAUUUGUGGUUCCCUAUUCCAAUUCAUUUGGCCACAAUUUUAGGGACUAUGAUGCUGAAAGUGUGAGACAAGAAGGGGUUGAGAAUUUCUACAGGACCAAUCACAUUAACCAAUCUUAUGACUUUGUGAAGAGGAUGAGGGAGGAGUAUGGAAAAUUGAAUAAGGUGGAAAUGGGCAUAUGGGAAUGCUGUGAACUUCUCAAUGAUGUUGUUGACGAGAGUGAUCCCGACUUGGAUGAACCUCAAAUUGAACACUUGUUGCAAACAGCUGAAGCUAUUAGGAGAGACUAUCCCGAUGAAGAUUGGUUGCACUUGACUGGCCUUAUCCAUGAUCUUGGGAAGGUUCUUCUUCAUCCUAGCUUUGGAGAGCUUCCUCAAUGGGCUGUUGUAGGCGACACAUUUCCGGUGGGAUGUGCUUUUGAUGAAUCCAUCGUACAUCACAAGUACUUUAAGGAAAAUCCGGAUUACAAUAACCCUGCUUACAGCACUAAAUAUGGAGUUUAUUCUGAAGGUUGUGGAUUCAACAAUGUUAUGAUGUCGUGGGGGCAUGAUGACUACAUGUAUCUGGUGGCCAAGGAGAAUAACACAACCCUGCCAUCAGCUGCUCUUUUCAUCAUCAGAUACCACUCUUUUUAUGCUUUACAUAGGUCAGGAGCAUAUAAGCAUUUGAUGAACGAGGAAGACACAGAGAACCUCAAAUGGCUCCAAAUAUUCAACAAAUUUGACCUUUACAGCAAGAGCAAAGUUCGAAUUGACGUUGAGAAGGUCAAGCCAUACUAUCUCUCUUUAAUCGAAAAGUACUUCCCUGCAAAACUAAGGUGGUGAAAAAUCGAAGCGUACGAGUUUGGAUGACUCCAGAAAUAUAUAGUGGUGACUAGUGCUAGAAGUGGGUUGUAGAGUUUUGAGAUCAAGUGGCCUAUGGAGGAUUUGGAUGCAUUUUUAUGUUUUGUGCUGUUAGUUUGAUGGGUGUUUCAAGUAGUAGUGGUCUAGUCCUGAAGAAUAUUGUUUCUAUGAAUAAUAAUAUCGUCCUCCUUUUGGAAAUAUCUUGUGUUCCAGCUUUAGUGAUGCUCUUUAUUAACUAGAACUCAGGCAGAAGCCCAUAUGUCCACCUUGUGUAUGCUGCCACUCUUCGCCACCACCCCCAUGUCGCUAUUGCGCCUGUCCUGUUCUACCAUGAGGCACAGGAACGUUCGGUCUAAGGAAUUCUGAAACCUAUUCAGCAGAAUGGUAUAUAAAUUGACAGAAAUACAUAAUGAAUAAUGGAGUGUAACUGUUGUUUCACUAUGGCCUUUCAAUACAAUCCCAGGAUGUCCCUAUGUUAAAGUUAACUACGGUUUCUCAAUUUCCUAUCGACAUCUUUUUAUGUUU